AUGAGAUUUUUUGAGACGCGACGCCACAUAUUAAGCCGACAUAGCCUUGAGACCCUUCGAAAUGUGGCUACUCACCCUGCUUUUGGUAGUGCAUUGCGUGUUCUCGUGAUCCACCCUGAUCACCUUACAGCACGUCACCUAGCCAACUUUCGGGAUAAAGAAGCUGCUGCUGUGGAUAAAAUCAGCUAUGAACAACAUUUAGCGGAGCAGGACCAUCUUGCAGCAUCAGGCUACGACACUGCAUGUCUCGCACAAGGCCUUUCCAAGGCAACAAACUGCAGGACAAUAUUCAUUGAGGAUGAUAUUGACCACCGCCCUUGGGGGGCUCGUUCUCUCGAGAAAUUGACCGGUGUUGAACCAAACUCCACAUUGGACAGCUUAGAAAGCCGGAAAUUCUUUGCCCGCGCGAUUCAUGUCAUCUUCGCUGCUGUUGCUGCAGGUUGUGUCCCACUGGAGCGGUUUGAACUCUAUGUGGGGUUGUCUAGAGUUCCAGUGGACCCAGGAAUGCUGCAGCUCCCGGAUUUCUGCCUCACUAUGAGUCCUAUUACUUCGACACUCACAACCUUACGUUUCACAGUUGGGCCACCAGAGAGGGGAAGUGCGUUGCCCUGGGCAAGGCAUCUAGUACGAUUUAUCGUGCAGUUUUCCAGGCUUGAAGUGCUACGUCUAGGUUUUGCUUCUCGUAUUCAAGUAGGGGAUCUUAAGGCGCUAAGCGAAGGCAUUUGCCUCAAGAAUCUCCGCGUCUUGGAGAUCGACACAGUCAGUGGUACGGAAGAUCAUUUAGCUAGGCUACUUCUUGCCCAUAAAAUGACUUUGCGCGACGUGUAUCUGGAAUUAACCGAACUUCCAACUCUUGAGUCCUGGAAAUCAUUACUCACGACCGUUCGGGAUGAACUUUGUUUAGACCGCCUUGAAAUCACGGACUGUGAAGCCAGUGAUCGUAUCGUUAUGUUCGGCGACAAGCAGUUAUCAGAUUCUAUUAGCAUCCAAGGAGGGAAAAAAGUUUUGGAUAAUCUCAUCGGGACACUAACGUUGGGGAAGAUGAUCUGA